AUGUUAAAAAUGUUACUAACCCAAAACGGUGCGUUGUACUCAAAGAAUAUCAGCCAAGAGUUUUCUCUUGCUGCCUUUGCGGCUUUCCCCAGUAUUGUACAAAGAAGAACGGAGUUGAACAAUCCACCCUUUGGUUGGAAGAGAGUAAUUAUGGCUCUAACUCAGCUACCAAGAUUUCAUUUUCUUGUCCUUAAAAAGCCGCCGUCAAGUUCUGAUUUUUACCCUAAACCAAAACUACCCAUCAAAUUCACUGUCCCAACACUCUUCGCUGCUGCAAAAUCGACUCUUUCCACAACAGAGCCAAUACCCAUCACUGAUUUGUCACUGCCCCAAGAGCCACUGCUCGAGAUUUCAUUGGACAAGUUGUUUGUUCCUCCAGAGACAGAGGUUUCUUUUGAUGAUCCUAACUUAAGCACAAGAAUCUUGAAAGGGUCGAAUAUAGUGGUGAGUAAGUAUGCAAGGGAGGCUCAAGUGGUUCAGGCUGAGUUUGUGAAGAGUAGUGUGAGAACUGAGGAUUGUCCUUCUGAUGGAUUGCCUGAGUUUGCGCUUGUUGGUCGGUCUAAUGUGGGGAAAUCCUCUCUUCUUAAUUCGCUUGUCAGAAGGAAGCGCCUUGCACUCACGUCUAAGAAACCUGGGAAGACGCAAUGCAUCAACCAUUUCCGCAUCAAUGAUAGUUGGUACCUGGUGGAUUUGCCAGGAUAUGGGUAUGCAGCUGCUCCUCAGGAACUUCGGACAGACUGGAGCAAGUUUACCAAAGACUAUUUUAUCAACCGUUCAACAUUAGUCUCAGUUUUCCUGCUUAUUGAUGCUAGCAUUCCUGCAAAGAAAAUCGACCUCGAAUAUGCUAGUUGGCUUGGUCAGAACCAGAUCCCCAUGACACUAAUAUUCACCAAAUGCGACAAGAGGAAGAAGAAAAAGAAUGGAGGAAAAAGGCCUGAAGAAAACGUGAGUGACUUUCAGAAGCUGAUACGUGGCUUCUUCCAGACUGUGCCCCCAUGGAUCAUGACCAGCAGUGUUACAAAUCAAGGCCGUGAUGAGAUAUUAUUGCAUAUGGCUCAGCUACGGAAUUAUUGGCUGAAACACUGAAAGGGAAGAGAGUGCAAGAACCAAGUUUUUGUAUGUUGUUAAUAUAGUGGAUUUUUGAACGUUAUUUAUUUUUACAUUGGCAACGAUUCCUUUCGUGGCUGAGUUGUCUAGUAUUAGUUAACUACA